CUGGGCCCUCUACAUCGGGGAUGGAUAUGUCAUAAACUUGACACCUGUAGAAAAACAGAAGGUAGAACUGGAAGCUCACAGGGAUGCAGUAUUCACCAGAAUGGUGAAGAAGCAGCACCUGAAGAAGGUGGUUGGAAAGGCUAAAUGGCGUAUCAACAACAGAUCAGAUCAGUACCGCAGUCCUCUCCCAGUGGAGGAGAUCAUCUCACGUGCUGAGGCGUAUAUGGACAAGGAAGUGAAAUAUUAUUCGUUUGGGAGAAACUGUGAGGACUUUGUGAAAAAACUCCGCUAUGGAGAGGGAGUCUCUGACCAGAAGACUUUUGUAGGUGGUGAAUCGUGCAUUACUGAUACAAGAGAUGACAAGGACGACCCAAAGCCUGGGGACCUGAUUGAGAUCAAACGGGGACAUUAUGAUCACUGGGCCCUCUAUGUGGGGGAUGGAUAUGUCAUCCAUGUGACACCUGUAGAUGAUGGAGUCCCAUCCCUGUCAGUCGGUAAUGAGACAAUACUCAUCAUAAAGGUUACAAAGGAGUUCCUGAAGGAGGUGGCUGGAAAUGAUGCCUGGGCUGUCAACAACAAGUAUGACCAGUACUGCACUCCUCUGCCCACGGAGGAGAUCAUCCAGUGUGCUGAGGGUUGCAUUGGCAAGGAGAUGGCAUAUGAUGUGUUUGACUUCAAAGCUGACGAUUUAGUUACAAAACUCCGCUAUGGUGGCCAGGUUUUUGUAGGUGGUGAAUUGCAUAAUCUUGAUGUGAGUGAUGAUAAAGAUGACCCAAAGCUUUGGGACCUGAUUGAGAUCAAACGGGGACAUUAUGAUCACUGGGCCCUCUACGUGGGGGAUGGAUAUGUCAUCCAUAUGACACCCAUAGAUGAUGGAGUCCCAUCCCUGUCAGUCGGUAAUGAGACAAUACUCAUCAUGAAGGUUAAAAUAGAGCUCCUGAAGGAGGUGGCUGGAAAUGAUGCCUGGGCUGUCAACAACAAGUAUGACCAGUACUGCACUCCUCUGCCCACGGCAGAGAUCAUCCAGCGUGUUGAGGGUUGCAUUGGCAAGGAGAUGGCAUAUGAUGUGUUUGACUUCAAAGCUGACGAUUUAGUUACAAAACUCCGCUAUGGUGGCCAGCACAGGGCAUUUUUCGGGGGUGAAUCACACAUCCUAGAUAUGAGAGAUGAUGAGGAAUACCCAAAGCCUGGGGACCUGAUUGAGAUCAAACGGGGACAUUAUGAUCACUGGGCCCUCUACGUGGGGGAUGGAUAUGUCAUCCAUGUGGCACCUGUGGAUGAUGGAGUCGCAUGCCUGUCAGCUGGCAGUGGCACAAUACUCAUCAUAAAGGUUACAAAGGAGCUCCUGAAGGAGGUGGCUGGAAAGGAUGCCUGGGCUGUCAACAACAAGUAUGACCAGUACUGCACUCCUCUGCCCGUGGAUGAGAUCAUCUGGCGUGCUGAGGGAUGCAUUGGCGAGGAGAUGGCAUAUGAUGUGUUUGACUUCAAAGCUGACGAAUUUGUGACAAAACUCCGCUAUGGUGGCCAGCUGAGGGCUUUUGUAGGUGGCGAAUCACACAUUCUUGAUACGGGAGAUGACAAGGAAUACCCCAUCCCUGGGGACCUGAUUGAGAUUGACCGGCCACUUUACCAGCACUGGGCCCUCUACGUGGGGAAUGGAAAUGUCAUCCAUGUGACACCUGUAGGUGAAAAUUCUCCCCCUGCCUCAGGCAGCACUAUGACAUUACUUGUUAAAAGGGCAAAGGUGAAGAAAGAGCUCUUGGAGGAUGCUGCUGGAGGAGAUAACUGGCGUGUCAACAACAAGUAUGACGAGUACCGCGAGCCUUUCCCUGUGGAGGAGAUCCUCCGGCGUGCUGAGAGCCAGAUUGGCAAGGUUGUGCUGUAUCGUUUGUUCUACAAGAACUGUGAGCACUUUGUGACGGAGGUCCGCUAUGGAGAGGGAGUCUCUGAGCAGGCCAUGACAGCACUGGGAAAGAUCCGUUCCACGAUUGGUACAGUGAUGGUUGGGGUAGGAACUGCCUGUGCUUCUGUUCUCACCGGUCUUCUUUUUCCACCCGCUCUUCCUGUUGUGGCUGCUAAUGGUCUUACUGCUUUUUCCACUAUGCUUGCGAGGAAUGACUUCAUUUUGCAAGAAAUCAUGAAGGCAAAGAUACAUAUAGAACAAAAGAGGUGCUGUUAAAAAGAGCUCAAGGAAGGCAUGGAGUCCCUGGUCACUGUCCACCUUUUGCCACAAACUUCAUGAAGACUUACUAGCAACUGAUGUGAUAAUUAAUUCAAAGGCUUAUUAAAAUGCAAAAAUCCAAACUCAUCUGGUCUAAAAUCA